GUCUGUCUAUACAUCUCUUUCCCAAAUCAGAAAGCUUCCAUUGUUAUCGAAACUUCGUAUUCCUCUCUUUCUCUCUCCUCUUCUUCUUCUUCAUUGCGUUUCUCCGUAUCAUCAUAAAUCUGUCUCAUUAUUUAACUUUUCAACCAACACUUGAUCUCUCAAAAUCACAACAAGAACAGAAGUUUCCAAACCCUGAAUCCGUGAUUCAUUUCUGAAUUCAUCGACCCAUUUUCUUCCGAUUUCCGCCCUUAUCGGCCACCGGUGUACUCAUCAGACUACCACGCAAGCAACAAUAGAACCUUGGCAGAAGAAGCAUAGAUCAACAGGGGGCGAGCAAAAGAAUCUAUAAAUGGCAAAGAAAUCCAAACCAGGAACUCUUUCAGUCUACCUUUACAUCCCUAACAUAAUUGGGUAUCUGAGAGUUCUUAUGAAUUGUUAUGCCUUCUACAUAUGUCAUUCAAACAAAGAGCUUUUCUCAGUUUUAUACUUUGUUAGCUUUGUAUGUGAUGCAUUGGAUGGUUGGUUUGCUCGAAGAUUCAAUCAAGUUUCAACAUUUGGUGCAGUUUUGGACAUGGUGACGGAUAGGAUUAGCACUGCUUGCUUGCUUGUAAUCCUCUCGCAAGUUUAUUGGCCUGGAUUGUUUUUCCUUUCAUUGCUUGCAUUAGAUAUUGCCAGCCACUGGUUGCAGAUGUACAGUACUUUUCUUGCAGGCAAGUCCAGCCAUAAAGAUGUAAAAGACAGUAGCAGUUGGCUAUUCAGAUUAUACUAUGGUAAUCGGAUGUUUAUGGGUUACUGUUGUGUUGCGUGCGAGCUUCUUUACAUAACUCUAUUUCUUCUUGCUAAGAGUCAGAAUGAGAAUAUGAAUGAAGUUUUGUUAAAUGCUGCAAAAAAGAACAUAAUCCUUGCUUUUCUACUUGCUGUACUCUUCCUUGGAUGGGGAAUAAAGCAAAUUGUGAACAUUAUACAGUUGAAGACAGCUGCAGAUGCAUGUGUGGAGUAUGACAUUAAUAGGAAACAUGAGCAAUGAUGUUUGUUCAUGGCAUUCUUUGGUAACUGACAUCACCUUAGAUUAUCGAUUUCAUUCAAUUUCUUUAGUUGUUUGGAAAUAUAAUGUAAACAAAGAUAUUCUCUAAUCGUUCUUAAACCGACGGUUUGUUUGCAGCACGAACAAGAUAGAUCUUCUUGUUACGGGCUUUUGUGUUAUUUGCUUUUGUACCAUGUUAUGGUUUGAAUUCACUUGUCACAUUCUUGUUACUAAAUUUGGAGUGUUUUGUGGUUUGCA